AUGUCAAAUAACAAUAGUGUUUCUGAGAAAGAUCAGUCGGCUUUUCCGACAAUUACUGUACUUGAUGUGUCUGAAGAAAAACGUUAUGAAGAUAAAGCAGUACAACGAAAGUGUUGUGGCUGUAUAACAGAACAAGUGGGAGUUGUUAUUAUUCUAUCCUUCUACUUUUUCUACGGAUUGUUAAAUACUUUAAGUUCACUUUCUUCCUUGGCAUCAUCCGAUUACAUUCUUAGGGAUAAAAUAAUUUUAAUAAUCUCUGCUAUCCUAUAUAUCUUUAUGACUGCGAUUGGAAUUAUCGGUACUAUCGCAAUCCGAAAGGGAAAUAUUGUCUUGUUACGCCGUCUAUCAAUUGCUCUUUGGAUUUUCACUACUUUAAUGUUUAAGUUCAAUAUUUCAGUUUAUAUUACUGAAGUAGUAUUUAAAGACGAAUAUGUACAGGCCUGUCUUUCAGCACAGCAAGAUACUGAAAAUCAGGGAUUUGAUGCAUCAAAUUGGGAUUGUAAAGAUUUCAUUAAUGCUAUUUUAGUUAGGGAUGCUCUUAAAGUUUCCAUUUUUGGUAUUCUUUCGUUCUAUUUUGCAUAUGUCGUUGCCCGUUAUUCCCGAAGAAUGAAAAAUGGGCCUCCUCUCCAUAAAUAUUCUAAUGAUGAUCAAAGAACUCCCACUUAUAUAGUUUAUGAAACUAGACCACCAACUGCCCAUGAUUGGAUUCCACCACCAACUUAUACAGUGAAAGCAAGUCCAGUUCAAGAUAGCACACAAGAAGUUAACCAAAAAGCUUAG